CUGCCGCCUUCUUUCCUUCGUUUCUGUUCUCUCUCUCGCGCGCGCACGCGUGCUGCCAUUUCUUUUGUCGACAGAACUCACAACCACACAGUCAAGCGUCGCGCCCACGCGUGUCUGCUCGUUCGUUCGUUAGCUUACCCCCCAAUAUAACCCUCAACUCCUCCGCACCAAAACCCCACUUCAGCACCAUUGUGCUCUUCUGCUAGCUCAUCCCAUCUUCUUCGCGGAGGGACCAUAAAAACAAAAAAACAAGCAAGGAACCCAAAGGAACAAACACACGUUGUCCGUUUCAUAUCACCAGCAAGAAACACCAAGCAUCAUGGCCAGCCAGACCGAAGCCGCCGCUGCUCAGCAGCAGCCCGCCCAGGCUCAAGCCCAGCCGCAGUUUGUCGCAGCUCAGCAGCAGGGCGAGGGUGCCGUUGGCGCCACGACCGGUCCCGCGCCCAUGCAGCAGCAGCCUCAGCAGGCGUUCCCUGGCGCCCCUGGCGUCGCCGGCCCCGUCCCCGCCAACCCGCAGGGCGCAGCCGCGUCCCUGUACGUCGGCGACCUCUCGCCCCAGGUGAACGAGACGGAGCUGUUCAACCUCUUCUCCUCCAUUGGCAGCGUCAUGUCCGUGCGCGUGUGCCGCGACCAGAUCACCCGCAGCUCCCUCGGCUACGGCUACGUCAACUUCAACAAGGCCGAGGACGCCGAGGCCGCCAUGGGCCAGCUCAACUUCCACGACCUGCACGGCCGCCACAUCCGCAUCAUGAAGGUCGAGCGCGACCCCAAGAAGCGCCGCUCCGGCGUCGGCAACAUCUUCAUCAGCGGCCUGCCCGCGGACACCACCAGCGUCCACCUGCGCGACACCUUUGAGCAGUUUGGCAAGAUCCUCUCCUGCAAGGCCGUCCUGGACCACAGCGGCCGCUGCCGCGGCUUUGGCUUUGUGCACUUUGAGGACCCCAAGGUCGCCGAGCGCGCCAUUGCCGAGGCCAACGGCAAGGACGCCGGCGGCGACCGCAAGCUGCGCGUCGCCCCCUUCAAGCCCCGCAAGCAGCGCGAGCAGGAGCAGGAGGAGCGCACCAAGAACUUCACCAACGUCUACGUCAAGUCCCUGCGCCGCGGCGCCGACGAGGAGGAGCUGGGCAAGCUCUUUGAGCCCUACGGCGACAUCACCUCCAAGGCCCUGCGCACCUACAAGCUCAAGGACACGGAGCGCCCCUACGGCUUUGUCAACUUUGCCGACACCGAGGCCGCCCAGAAGUGCGUCGAGGAGGGCGAGAUGCACCAGCGCGACAUCUUCUACGUCGACGGCAUGGCCUUUGAGGAGGGCAAGAAGGUCGAGGACUUUGUCAAGACGGUUGAGGAGUGCGCCGGCAGCGAGGUCGAGCGCCACCACCUGCAGGUCGCCGACGGCAAGCUCUCUGGCUUUAUCCUCUUCAAGGAGCACGGCGAGGAGACGGUCGACAAGGCCAUGACGGGCCUUCCUGAGAAGAUGGAGGCUGCAACCGACCACAUCUCCAAGGCCAAGCUGUACGUGCAGCGCGCCCAGAAGAAACAGGAGCGCAUCCGCCGCCUUCGCCGCAGGCUGCAGGAGCGCCGUCGCGAGCUCCGCCAGCGCGGUGGCAACCUCUACGUCAAGAACUUCAACGAGAACGUGACGGAGGAGGACCUGCGCAAGUUCUUUGAGGAGUGCGGCCACGUCAUGAGCGUCAAGGUGAUGCGCGACAAGGAGGGUGUCUCGCGCUGCUUUGGCUUUGUCACCUUUGCCACGCGCGAGGAGGCCGAGUCUGCCAUUGCCAAGAAGAACCGCCAGCCACUGCAGGACCGCCCCAUCUACGUUGCAUUCCACCUCACGCGCCAGGAAGCAGCAGCAGCACCCACAGCACCCACAGCAGGGCAUGUACAUGUACCCGCAGUACCCCGGCAUGCCCAUGGGCGCGUUUGGCCCCGGCUACUACAACCCGCAGAUGAUGAUGGUCAACCCGCAGAUGCCGCGCGCCAUGAACUUCCCCGCACAGGCCGGCAACCGCGGCGGCCCUGUCGGCGGGCCAAACCGCUACAUGCAGCAGCAGAACAGGCCCAUGCCGCCCCAGGCGCAGCAGCAGAUGGCGCGCAACCCACAGCAGUUCCGCCAGCAGUUUGCCGGGCAGCAGCAGAUGCCGCCACAGCAGCAGAUGCAGCAGAUGCAACAAGAGGCGCCCCAGGGCCAGCAGCAGCAGAUGCAGCUGCCACAGGAUGUGACGUCGCAGCUUGCGCACAUGGAUGAGGAGCAGCGCCGCCGGUACCUCGGCGAUAUGCUGUACCACCGCGUCGCAAACAUUGACAAGGAGCGCGCCCCCAAGAUCACGGGCAUGCUGCUUGCGUACGACGCCGGCCACCUGAUGAACCUGCUGGCCAGCGACGCAGCCCUUCGCGAGCAGGUCAUGCUUGCCCAGAACAUCCUCGCCGGCAACGCCGCGGCGCCCGCCAACCAGCAGCAGCAGGGCAACCAGCAGCAGCAGCAGCCCGCACAGCAGGCCAACCAGCAGGCCGCGCAGGCCGCACAGUAACCGCUUGGCGUCUUGAGCGCGUGCGUUCAGCUUGUGUUGCGUUUGCGAUGUUGAUGAUGAUGACGUUUGGCUCUCACUGUUGCUUUUCUUUCUUGCGCGCUGAUGAUUUGUUUCUUGUUUCUUUUCUUAUCUCUUCUUCGUUGAUUUCUUCUCGGGUUCCACCUACGCUUGGGGGGAAACGAAAAUCUGGUUGACAAAAGCCCCACAUAAACACGCAUCCACCAAA